CGAACGAAAUGCUUAAAUAUAAGUAAAUGUUUUGAAUAAAAUCCGACUUAUAAACAAAAUAACUUUACAACUGUUAAUAACAAACGGAAUUCCGUGCGCGCCAAUUGAAUUGAACGAACAGCUGCGGAAGAAGCCAAGCCAAAGAAAAAAAGAGGGAACCAUCAAAAAAUGCAGUUCUCUGAUGGCAGUAAACAGUCACGCCCCUUAACAUCAUCCACCUCUUCGAUGGCAAGUGAUGCUGCCGAUAAUGCCAUGAUAAGUGACAAUCAGCGACAAGGAGAAGGCAUGUCCGCCGCACCAGCAUCAGAUAACAAUAAUGCACCUGACAGUUUUAUUGCCCUCGAACCGAAAGGUUCUGCUGCGCCCAAUGCCUGGGAUUAUAAUGAGAUUUUGAAUAUUUUGGGUUUUGGCAAAUUCAAUUGGUUAAUGCUGCUCAACAGCGGUCUUCUGACUCUCACCUCAAUGGCAGCUCAGCUGGCGGUGGGCAUUAUUGGCAUUUCUUCGCAAUGCGAAUUCAAUAUGACUCAGGGAGAAAAGGGUGUCAUGAUGGCGGCAUGUGUUACAGGCAUUGUCCUCUCUACGUAUCUCUGCGGAUAUGUCUGUGAUAUUUUGGGACGUCGCACUGUGCUGAUGUGGGCCAUGUUCAUAACAAAUGCUCUCCAAUUGAUAUCCAUGUUUGUCUCCAACAUAUGGGUAUUUAAUUUUGUCAAUUUCCUUAUGGGCAUCAGUUUGGGUGGUGUUUCCUCGGGGCUGUAUCCGUAUUUGGGUGAAUUUACCAGUAACAAAUAUCGAGCGGUGGCCAUAAAUUAUUCCACAAUGUUUGUGAGCGUAACGGCCAUUUAUGUGCCCGCAAUUUCAUGGUGGGUCCUGUCUGCCGACUGGUCCUGGGAAAUAUCCUCCUCGCUGACAUUUCGUCCAUGGCGUUUAAUUAUUUUGCUGAGUAUGUUGCCGGGAUUUAUUGCUGCCCUAAUGUUAGUGGUCUUCCCUGAGAGCCCACUAUUUCUGAUGGCCCAGGGUAGGCAUGAUGAGGCUGUAAAGGCCUUGAAUUAUGUAUCGCGACUUAAUACCGGCAUGGAUCUGGAAAUGGUGUUGAAGACACCAAAUGUUAUUUUAAAACCGGAGGAAAUUUCAGAUGCUGCCUUGGUCUCCGGAGCUGGGGGUUGUAGUUUCAUCUCGAAUAUUUGGAAGGCCACCUUGCCCUUGUUCCAUAAACCUCAUGGCCUAAAUGUCAUAUUGGCGGUGAGUGCCAUGUUUGGUAUGUUAUUCUCCUCCAACGGCAUGCAGAUUUGGUUUCCGGAAAUCGUGAAUCGUUCGGCGGGGGAUGAUCAGAAUGUUAGCUCAACAAUUUGUGAGAAAUUGGAAGACUCGUACGCCAGGGAUAGGAUGUCGGCCCUGAAUGCCACCAGUGUGGGGGAGACUCAGGCCUGUGACGACACCAUUGCCACCAAAACCUAUGUGGACAACAUUGUGGUGGGCUUGGCCUUUUUUGUGGGCUUUUCCAUACAAGGAGCCCUCCUUAAUCCUUUGGGUAGGAAAAAUGUACUCCUGGCUGCAUUGGCGGUGGGUGCGGUGUGUGGUCUACUGCUACAUGUGGUGACAAACACCACCGGGCUCUUGGUGCUGUUUUGUUUAUAUAUUCUAUUACCGGGUCUUUCGAUGUCCAUUAUGUGCGGAGCCCUGGUGGAUUUGGUGCCAACGCAUUUGAAGGGCAAAACUGCCAGUUUAGGUUUGACCAUGGGACGUGUGGGUAUCAUUGUGGCCUCCAAUUUAAUAUCGGCCAUGCUGGAGCCAUAUUGCAAUGGCAUAUUUGCCAUAAUAACUCUGGUGAUCAUAGCUUGUGGUGGUUUGGUGUUUACAUUGCCUAUUUGAAUUGGAUUUCAAAAUUAGUACCUGGUCUUCAACAAAGUAUUAUUUAAGUUCAUAGAGAAAAAUAAAUUCAAAUUUGAUGUGAAUUUAAAAAAAAAUAAAUCGGCAAUAAUUUCAGCCGGGCU